AUGGCCGAGACGCAGCAAGUCAAGAUAAAGCAGACGCUAUUAAUAUAUUCACUCAACCAUGAUCUCAGCUGUCCUGACUCACUCCAUUCCACAAGUCAAUUCGACCCUGAACCUUGCAGAAAGUCUUUGUCAAGAAACAUUACAAUGGUUAUGAAGCCAAUUGUAUUUGUUUUUCUAUUUGGCACAGUCUGUAUCUUGUACAUGUAUGUGGACUUCAGGGAUCUACUGGAAAAUCCACGAUUCACAGAACCGAAAUAUAAACAGAAACAAAUGGGAUACGUGGACACCAGACUAGCAAAUAAAAGCGAUAAUGUGACGCUUUCGUCAACCACGGGUACCAGAAGCAGUAAUGCUAACAAGAAGGGAAGCGGAAACAGUACAAUGCCUAAUUUUAAUAACAGAAUACAACACAGCAAGAUGAACCAGAGAAAUGAACAUUUGAUCCAAACUGAUAUUAACAUGAUGCAAACAAUUACUGGACUCGAACAGAAACAAUUAGGAAAUGUGAAAAACACUCAGCGAGAUUACAUAAUGACGAAAAAUAACAGCAGUACUAAAACAAAAAAGAAAGUUCACAAAAAGCAAUCCAUAAACCAAACCAAUAUUAAGGCGAUACAAACAACCAUUAAACACGAACAUAACCCAUCGGGAAAAGACAAGAACACUCAGCAAGAUAACGUAAUCAGCUCAUUUACAUACAACCUAUCUGAUAAUAAAUCGGAACAAUGCCGACCAAGGACCUCCUUUGUAUUUGUUAAAACUGGCAAAACAGGUAGUUCAACAUUGUCGUCGAUUCUACACAGUUUUGGUGAGAAGAACGGCCUCAAAGAAACAUUCAUUCAAAGUUUAAAUGCUGCAAUACUCAAUAAUUCUAUAUACGAUUUUAUUGCUUGUCAUUUUACAAUGGGACGAGACACUUACAAAGCGACACGACAAGUCAUACCAAACGCUAAAUACAUUAGUAUUAUUCGUUUUCCAUACACUCAAGUAGAAUCUCUUUUCUAUUACAAGAGACAUAAUAUUAUACUUGGAAUUGAGAAUGACACCAAUGCAUUUAAAACCUUUCUUUUAGAUCCCCAUAUCCAAGAACGUUCAAGAUUUAAUGUAAUAUCGAAUCAGAUUCGGUGGUUUGGGCACGAUAUAAAACAAAAUACUACUCAGAAAAUACAAGAGAUAAACGACGAAUUGGAUCUGAUGAUGAUUACUGAUUACAUGGACGAAUCUCUUGUUCUUUUAAAACAAAUGAUGUGCUGGUCAUUUCAUGACAUUGUGUAUGCGUCACGACGCGUGGUUAAGCGAAAAAGGUUGCCAAUGACAACACAAAUGAAACAAAUACUAAAGAGUAGGUUGACUGCAGACCUUAUGUUAUAUGACUAUUUUAAUAAGACGCUAUGGCAGAAAAUAAAAAAUUACGAUGGAGAUUUUGAAAAGGACCUACAUGAUUUCCGUGCCUUACAAGAAUCAAAGCGUCUCAGCUAUACAGAAAUGAUAAGUCAAUUCAGAUGA